AUUCUUGCGAGUGCGGCCGCUAUCCACGACGGGGUGCGAUACGUCGGGUUGUCCCUGUGAGGUUUUGGACCACCCAUGGGACGACGAAUGCCAUGAGUGUGGGCAUUCUAAGCACGCCCAUUAUAACUACUUCAACCGCUUCAUCGCCAGACCUAUACAGAAGUCCGGCCUAACAUCGGUUGAGGGAGCUCAGGGGAUGCGCAUCCUUCGCUCGCAGCUGCUGAGGAAGUUCUUGUUAAGGCGAACUAAGUCUCAACGAGAGAGCGACGUGAAACUACCGCCUAUGGAGGAGAGGCCAGUCAUUGCCGUGCUGUCUGCGGCGGAGGCAGUCUACUACCAGGAGCUCUACGAACAGUAUCGGGCCAAAAUUUUGAAAUAUGCAAAAGAGGGGGAACUGGCUGUGCGCAUGGUGGAAGCCUUGAAGAUGAUAUUGCGACUUCGCCAGGCGGCUAACCAUCGCUACUUGAUACAUCAUCAGCCGAAGGGGGAUAUCUACUGUGUAGCCAUCCCCGUAUGUACCAGCAUCUGCCACGAGGAAAUCCCAUUACGAACUGGGUGUUCGGCCCAAGCCCUUGCCAAAGCGAAGUGUGACCAUAUCUUCCACAAUUCCUGCGCACAGUCGUGGCUCCGUCUCCGAAGCCAGCAGUGUCCAGUUUGUCAACAGCCACUAGUGGUUCGCUAUGGCAAUAUCCUAUUUGAUGGUGAUGAUGAGGAUGAUGGAAAUCUCGUUGCAUGCAUGAGUGGGCUCCGGGAACUCCAGAGCGACCCGAGACUGCCUCGGAAGCACAGCAUACUGAAGAGAGCACCAAUAGCCAAUUUCGAGAGCUCUUCUAAAAUAGAGGCGUUGGUCGCGGAGGUGGAAGCAAUGAGGAAGGCGGAUGGAGAGGCAAAGGGUCUCGUGUUUUCCUCGUUUGUAUCACUAUUGGAGCUAUGCCAAUACAGGCUACAUAAGGCAGGCAUCACCACGUUGAUUCUUCAUGGUGAGCUACCGCUGCCUCUCCGGGCCAAAGUGAUGAAAACCUUCUCCUCGGCUGAUACAUGUCCACUGUUGUUGAUAUCCCUCAUGUCGGGUGGUGAGGGCCUCAACCUACAAGUAGCAAACCAUGUCUUCCUAUUGGAUCCAUGGUGGAACCCCGCCGUCGAACAGCAGGCCACCCAGAGGGCUCAUCGGUUGGGCCAGAGCAAGCGGGUUCAAGUCCUGAAGAUGUUGACACAUGAUACAAUAGAAGAUCGUAUCGUAGCGCUGCAACGUUGA